AUGGUCAAAUCUCAAAGAAAUGGGAAGAAAGGUGCCAAAGUAUUAAGCAGGAAGGAGAAGCGUCAGUCCGAAAAGGAAGAGAUGGAUAGUCUUCGGCAGCGAAUCGAGGAGUAUAAUCCCGAAGUUGACGAGGCAAGCAUUAAACACUUUAGCGAUCUACCGAUUACGCAAAACACUCUUCGAGGGUUAAAAGAGUGUUCAUUUGUAUCUCUUACUGAUAUUCAAAAAAAGUCUAUUCCAGUUGCCUUGAAAGGAGAAGAUUUGAUGGGAACUGCGAGAACGGGAUCCGGUAAAACAUUGGCAUUUUUGAUCCCUGUUAUCGAGAUUCUUUUGAGAAACGAUAUCACUGAAUACGACGGACUUGCAGCAUUGAUUGUAUCGCCUACAAGAGAACUUGCAGUUCAGAUAUUCGAAGUCUUGGCAAAAAUUGGAAAGUACAACUCCUUCUCAGCUGGUUUGGUGACUGGUGGAAAAGAUGUGCAAUACGAGAAGGAACGUAUAUCUCGAAUGAAUAUUUUGGUUGGUACACCAGGAAGAAUAUCUCAGCACUUGAAUGAAUCUGUGGGUAUGGAAACUUCAAAUCUACAAGUUUUGGUUCUAGACGAGGCAGAUCGUUGUCUCGAUAUGGGGUUCAGAAAGCAAAUUGAUAACAUUUUGAAUCAUUUACCACGCACCAGACAAACACUUUUGUUUUCAGCAACGCACACCGAUAGUGUUCAGGACUUGGCAAGAUUAUCAUUAACCAACCCAAAGAGGAUCGGUACAUCGUCUGACCAAGACAUCUCUGCCAUACCAGAAUCUUUGGACCAGUAUUAUGUGAAAGUUCCUUUGAAUGAGAAAUUGGACGUGCUUUGGUCAUUUAUUAAAUCACAUUUGAAGAGUAAGAUUUUGGUGUUUUUUUCCUCUUCAAAGCAAGUACAAUAUGCAUAUGAAACUUUUAGGACUCUUCAACCAGGUAUUCCUUUGAUGAAAUUAUACGGAAGGCAUAAGCAAACGUCGAGGCUCGAAACAACAGUGAAAUUUUCUCAAGCACAACAUGCAUGUUUAUUUGCCACUGAUAUAGUUGCUCGUGGUCUUGAUUUUCCAGCAAUUGAUUGGGUUAUUCAAGUGGACUGUCCAGAAGAUGUGGCCACAUAUGUACAUAGAGUGGGGAGAUCUGCGCGUUUUGGUAGACAAGGCAAAUCGUUAUUGAUGCUUUUACCCACAGAAGAAGAUGGUAUGUUAAAGAGAAUGAAGGUGCAUAAAAUUGAGCCAAAGAUGAUGAAUAUUAAAGAGAAGAGUAAAAAAUCCAUUCGUCCACAAUUACAAUCAUUGUGCUUUAAAGACCCGGUGAUCAAAAAUUUGGGGCAAAGGGCAUUUAUUGCAUACUUUAGGUCGGUUUAUAUACAAAAGGACAAGGACAUUUUCAAAGUUGACGAAUUACCAGUGGAAGAAUAUGCUGCUUCAUUGGGACUUCCUGGUGCGCCAAAGAUCAAGAUAAAAGGUGGUGAGAUAAACAAGGAGAAGAAGAAUCAGUCAAGAAAAUUGUUGCAACUUUCCAAGGCUGAUGAAAAUGGUGAAUUGAAGGAGGAUGACGAUAAGCCUGCUAAGGUGAGGACAAAGUACGACAGAAUCUUUGAUAGAAAGAAUCAAACUAUUUUGUCGGAACAUUAUCUUAAUAUGACCAAGAGUGCGCAUGGUGGUAAAGAUGAUGACGAAGAUGAAGAUUUCAUGACAGUGAAGCGUCAAGAUCACGAAUUAGUGGAUGAUGAGCUUCCUGACUUGCUGCUUCCUGUUUCCAAACGUCAAGCCAAGAAGGCUCUCUCUAGAAAGGCUACUUUGGCUUCAAAAGGUAACCCUACCAAAUUGAAAUUCGAUGAUGACGGAGUGCCGCACGCCAUCUAUGAAUUAGAAGGCGAAGAAGAUUUUGAGAAAGCCGGUGAUGCCAAGCAACAAAAAAUGGAGUUUGUCCAGAAGGAACAAGAAGCAAUGAAAAUUACUGAUUUGGCCGAUAGGGAAGUUGAAAGACAAAAGAGACAGGAAAAGAAGCGUAAGAGGAAGGAAAUUGAACGAAGGAUACGCGAGGAAGAGUGGGACGAUGGUUCUGGAAUGGAUGGAGAAGACUUGCCAGAUUUGGAGAGAGAUAUGGAACCUACUGAAGCCAAGCCUAAGAGGACUAGUAAUUGGUUCGAUGAUGAUGAUGAUGAUAAUGAUGGUGGUGAUGAAAAGCAUGGCAACGGUAAACCACCUGUUAAGAAGGCUAAAUCUGAUAGCAAGUACGUUGAGUUUGAGGAGCCUGAGACUUUGGAAGACCUUGAAUCUUUGGCAGCUACUUUGAUUGGGAACUAG